CAACAUUUAAGUUACUGAUGUUAAACCAUGUGAAUGUUUCAUGAUGCAGGUGACAAGAGUGUGACGAUGUGUGGAGUAGCUCAGGAACAGGCGGGGGAUGAGACAGCCUACACCAGACCCUGGCACGUCACUCUGAAAAGUCAAAGCGUAGCCUCAACGAAGACGCCGUGUGUUGGAUCCAUUGUGAGCCGGAACUGGGUGCUGACAGCUGCUCACUGCUUUGCCAGAGCGAGCACAGAUAUGCGUCAUGAGGUGCUCAUACAUCACGGUGAGGGCACGGUGGUUCCCAAGAGGGUGAUCAUGCACCCCAAGUACAACACCAGGGCACUAAAACACAGAAAUGUAUCCGAGUUCUAUGACUACGAUGUCGCUCUGGUACAGGUGAACACGAGUAUACCACUCUCCUGGAAAGCCAGACCUAUCUGCUUGCCAUGCACCGUACCAGCCAGCCGAGCAAUGAAGAAAGUCAACUCCACCUGUCAGCAGCACAGGAAGGAACUACUGCCUCACAAGGAGACUCCUGCCUUUUUCAUCCAUAAGAACACUGAACGCAAAGAAACACAUAUUCACAUCGAGAGUCAGAGGCCUGGCUGUGUGGAGAAGGCGAGGCAAACACUCAAAGACCCCACCAAUGUGACUAUGGAUGAGUAUGUCCCUGACAGAUUCCUCUGCACUGGGGGAUCCUCAGCAUACAGGGACGCUAUCACCUGUAGAGGUGACUCUGGUGGAUCUCUGUUUCUGCAGAAAAGAAAGCGCUACUUUCAGGUGGGAGUCGUGAGCUGGGGCACCACAAACAUAUGUGAUUCACUCGACCCAGCUAUGAGAGGGUACAGCAGCAGCAAGCCGCCUCCUGAUGCCCGAGACUUUCACAUUGACCUGUUCAAGAUAAUGCCAUGGCUGAAACAGUAUCUGGGUGAGGAUAUCCAGUUCCUGCCUGAGGUCAACUAAGAACGUCCAGAAUCAAUUAGCUGAGAGCUGCUUGGAUUAAAAAGAAACUUCAGUAUUUUUCAACAUGGACACUAUUUUCCCAUGUUUUUGUGUAUCAGUGACUAAUAGGAACCAACAUUUUUAAAGUGGUCCAGUAUUGAGCAAGAAUGCUGCGGCCAGCAAUCUAACCAUUUGGGGCCAUUGCGUUCCAUUAAUGUACCCUCACUAGAAAUGUUGUAUAAGUGUCUAACAACAAAAUGGAAAUCACCCUACAGAGGAAUAAAAUUUUUUUCUUUACCUUUA